AUAUAUAUAUCCAUUUAUGUAACUAUGCCGAAUUGUGUUACGUGUCAGAAACUGUGAAACUCCACGACGGAACGAAUAAAUAUCAUGUUUUCAUUCGAUUUUAUUCAUUUGAGUCGGCGGUUUAACGGUUUAUUUCGGUCACCGAAACAGAUGCUCCUUUACAAGUAGGAAAUAAUACAAUUAUUUCAUAAAUUUACAAUGUUUUGAACUGUACCGUUAAUUCGUAACGAGUUGAGUUGUUUGGUUGACGGGAUACUACAAUUAACAUGGUUUUGCUAAUUGCUAACUUACACCAACCAUAACGUUAGUUUAACCCAGGUUUAACCGUGGUAACUUAUUUGUUCGAUACAUAUAAUAAGCAAUCGCCACAAAAACAUGGUUACUACACUUUUUCUAUAGCCUAUUUUUUUUUUUUUUUUUACUGCCUUCACGUGCUAUCGGAAAUUUCCUACUUCCCACUUCUGAAGUCCUGAUUUCGAGUUCUUCGCAAGUUCGCGUUAAAAUUUGACUUGAGACGAGAGGACGUUUAGCUAUGUUCAAUUAUCUUAAAUCAGGAAGCUAAAUUACGUUAGUUUACAAUAAUUCCGAUAGCACGCGAAGACGUAUGAACUUGAAGGGAAAAGAGGUUAGCUAUAAUUGUAAUCACUGCAUCUAUCAUAUAAUUAUCACCACAAAUAUAAAAACAGUAAAGUCUAACAGCGUCUAUCAUAAAUUCAGUGUCUAUUAAACGUCCAGACGGUUUACAGAUUAACGACAUCAACCUUCAAGGUUUGUAAAUGUUUAUGUUUCGAAUAAAUCUUCUUUAAUCUUAACGUUACUGCAAAUUGCUGUUGUUAGAGCAUAAACACAUGCUAUAUAGUUAGUGUUCUCAAGGAGAUUAUUAAUAAUAUUUAAGAUUAUUAUUGUGUCUAUUUCCUAUGCCACAUCAUCUUACCAUGAAUAUCUGCCUUAGUUGGGGAGGUAUCAUACUAUUGCAUAAAAACGAUUUAGGAACAAGUACAUCAGUGUAAGCUGUCAAUCACCACAUUCAAUCGAUCUGCCUUUCUGCUAGUUUUCCCUAGCGCUGGAUGAGUCUGGAAUGAGUCUCCUCAGGGAUCCUGACACUUCUCUACUUGACUCCACUCAAGCUGAGGACAAAGAUAAACGUACCCUUUCAUCCGACACAUUCUACUCAUGCUCAUCUUCUCAUGAACAAAAGACUCUUCCCAUUGAUGACAAAUCGCCUCUUAGACACAAGAGUCCACAGGGCCACUUUGACCCGUAUGACUCCUCUGAGGAAUAUGUUGGCGUUGUGACACUGCCGAACCAAGUCCGACAGAAAGCAGUGAAAACAGGAUUUGUGUUCAAUCUGAUGGUUGUUGGUGAGUCUGGCUUAGGCAAAUCCACUCUUGUCAACAGCCUUUUCCUCACAAACCUCUAUACGGACAGAUGCGUGCCUGAUGUUUCAGAGAAGAUAGCUCGGACAGUGUCAAUAACAAAGAGCACCGUAGACAUUGUUGAAGAUGGAGUAAAUCUAAGGCUCACUGUUAUCGACACCCCUGGUUUUGGAGAUGCCAUUAAUAAUAAUGAAAGCUGGAAGGCUGCAGUUCAUUAUGUAGACCAGCAGAUGGAGAUGUACCGCAGAGAUGAGAUUGGGCUGAACCGUAAAAACAUAAGAGACAACAGAGUGCACUGCUGCUUGUACUUCAUCUCACCUCAUGGCCAUGGUCUCAAACCAAUAGAUGUGAGCUUCAUGAAGGCCCUGGAUCAGAAGGUCAACAUUGUGCCUGUGCUGGCUAAAGCAGACAGUCUCACUCCAAAAGAGACAGACAACAUAAAAGCCAAGAUUUUGACAGAAAUUGACCGAUACAAAAUCAAGAUCUUCCAGGUCCCAGAUUGUGAUCAUAAUAAUGAUCCGUUCAGGCUGAAGGAUCUAGAGGUAAAGAGAAGUAUUCCCUUUGCUGUUAUUGGGAGUAAUGCAGUAGUAGAGAGAGAUGGCAGAAGAGUUCGAGCCCGUGCCUAUCCAUGGGGGAUUGUAGAGGUUGAGAAUCCAUCUCACAGUGAUUUUGUGCAUCUGAGGAACAUGUUGAUCCGCACAAACAUGCAGGACCUGAAACACACCACUCACUAUGUGUUGUAUGAGAACUAUCGUAUAAAUUGCCUGUGCAAGGACCCGUGCUUGGAGAAUUUUUAAGGAUUUGCCAGCUGGAUUACAGAAGAGGACAGCAUGCAUCUCAUGGAAACCCCUAGAUGGAAGAGGCAAUUAAUUACUUUGUAAAAUAUACAAAAAAAAUAUAUAUAUAUAUAUUAUUAAAAAUUAAACUUAAUUUUUAUUUAAAUGUUGAAAGGAGGAGUACUGUAGCAAUUAUUCUGCUAAUGUAAUAGGAAUUGACAAUUAAUAUUCAUUAAUAAAAUUAAUAUUAACACAAAAUAAAACC